CGCACCAGCUCCUCUCCUCUCUCCGCUGCCUCUCCUUUGACUGGCCGCCAGUGACCUCCCAGUCUCCGCAGCAUUGCACAAAGUGGACUGGGCGACAAGGCGAAGACGACACGGGGGGAGAAAUGGCCGGGAUUUUUGGGAAGAUAUUCGUGGGCAUUUACGUGGAAAUAAAGCGAAGCGACGGGCGAAUACACCAGGCCAUGGUCACGUCCUUACACGAAGACAAUGAGAGUGUGACGGUGGAGUGGAUCGAGAACGGGGACACCAAGGGGAAGGAGAUCGACCUGGAGAGCAUCUUCGCUUUGAAUCCGGAUGUCGUUCCUGAUGAAGAAAUACCUCAGAGUCCCGAAGCUCCUCUUCCUCCGUCUAGCAUCAAUAAAACCAGCAAAGUCCCCAAGACCCGACGGAUCACAGCGAUACCUAAACCUGAAAAUGCUCCACGGGAGAACAGAGCUGCAGCCGUGGGAACGACCCGGGCCCGUCCCAGCCAGCACAGCCAGGCUGCAGAACCCCCUCCGCCCUCCAUCACCCCCCAGCCUGCAGUGAAGGAGACUCUGAUGCAGCAGCAGAACGCACGAAGGAAAUCCAACUGUGUGAAGGAAGUGGAGAAACUGCAGGAGCAGCGAGAGAAGAGACGUCUGCAGCAGCAAGAGCUCAGAGAGAAGAGGGCGCAGGAGGUCGAUGUCAAUCUACCCAACUAUGAGAUCAUGUGCAUGAUCAGAGACUUCAGGGCCAGCCUGGACUACAGACCUUUGACCUCCAGUGAUGCUAUUGAGGAGCACAGGAUCUGUGUGUGUGUUCGCGCUCGUCCCCUAAAUAAAAAAGAGUUAUCAGUGAAGGAUCUGGAUGUGAUCACCAUUCCCAGUAAGGACGUGGUGAUGGUCCACGAGCCGAAGCAGAAAGUGGACCUGACCCGCUUCCUGGAGAACCAGACGUUCCGAUUCGACUACGCCUUCGACAAGACUUCCACCAAUGAAAUGGUUUACAGGUUUACGGCCCAGCCGCUGGUAGAGACCAUUUUUGAGAGAGGGAUGGCCACCUGCUUCGCCUACGGACAAACAGGAAGUGGAAAAACACACACAAUGGGAGGAGACUUUUCUGGGAAGAACCAGGACUGCUCAAAGGGCAUCUAUGCUCUGUCGGCCAGAGAUGUUUUUCUCAUGUGGAAGAAACCUGUUUAUAAGAAGUUGGAUCUGCAAGUUUUUGCCACAUUUUUUGAGAUUUACAGCGGAAAGGUGUUCGACCUGCUAAACCGCAAAGCCAAGCUGCGGGUCCUGGAGGACGGGAAGCAGCAGGUGCAGGUGGUCGGGCUGCAGGAGAGGGAGGUGAAAUGCACCGAGGACGUCCUCAAGCUCAUCGAAAUGGGAAACAGCUGCAGGACUUCGGGUCAGACCUCAGCGAACGCUCACUCCUCUCGGAGCCACGCCGUGUUCCAGAUCAUCCUGCGGCGGCGGGGGAAGAUGCACGGGAAGUUCUCGCUCAUUGACCUGGCGGGGAACGAGAGAGGGGCGGACACGUCCAGCGCCGACCGGCAGACCCGACUGGAAGGAGCCGAGAUCAACAAGAGCCUGCUGGCGCUGAAGGAAUGCAUCCGAGCCCUCGGCAGAAAUAAACCUCACACUCCCUUCCGGGCCAGCAAGCUGACCCAAGUCCUCAGAGACUCCUUCAUCGGAGAAAAUUCAAGAACAUGCAUGAUAGCAACCAUUUCUCCUGGGAUGGCCUCCUGUGAAAACACAUUAAAUACGCUGAGAUAUGCCAACAGGGUGAAGGAGUUUGGCAUCAGCCCGUCAGACAUUCCCUUCUCUCAGAGCGGAGGCGGCCGCUCGGAGCUCUCACCCACUUAUGAGAUGAAGCAGCUGACGGUGGACCCUGCAGCAGCUCUGGACUGCCACCAGGAGGGGCGCAUCACCCAGCUGGAGGUCCUGGAGGCCCAGUGGGGGGUCGGCAGCUCCCCGCAGAGAGACGACCUCAAGCUGCUCUGCGAACAGAACGAGGAAGAGGUUUCUCCACAGCUCUUCACCUUCCAUGAAGUCGUGUCUCAGCUGGUGGAGAUGGAGGAGCAGGUGCUGGAGGACCACCGGGCCGUGUUCCAGGAGUCGAUCCGCUGGCUGGAAGACGAGAAGGUUCUUCUGGAGAUGACGGAGGAGGUGGACUACGACGUCGAGUCUUAUGCAACCCAGCUGGAGCAAAUCCUGGACCAGAAGAUCGACAUUCUGACCGAGCUGAGGGAUAAAGUCAAGUCUUUCCGCUGUGCUCUCCAAGAAGAAGAACAAGCUAGCAAACAGAUAACCCCCAAGAGGCCUCGAGCGCUCUGAAGCAGCCAUGAUGAGAUCGCUGCACACACAGGAACAGACAAACUGAGAAACCUUUUGACCCCUCUGCUGGUCAUGCAUUUCAUUCCCCCUCAUUCAUCCGUCCUGUUAAACCAAAGAGCAGACGUGCUCUUCCAUCCCCACCGUUCAGUGUUUCGACAAGGUUUGUAUGGAAGGCCAAUUUGGAAUUAAUGCGCGCGCUUUCCAGCGUCGCCUGGCAUCUAAUAAACGGCAUCAAAUGUGGAACCUGCUGUUUAUUUAGCGCCACUUCCUGUUUAACAUCUGGUGGUCAAAAAAGUACAACACAUCAAAGCGUUUAUUAUUCACCUGGUGAUGCUUGGCAACGGU